UGCAACCAAGGGCAGAGGAUGUGCUUUUAAAAAAAGGCGGAACGAAUUAACAUAUUCGAUACGCUACCGACCUAUCGAUAGCCACGAUAGCUUUCCAUUUCUUUAAAAUUGUGUUUUGUUCUAGAAAUUCUUCAAUUUGACCAGGGAAUUCUAUUGAAAUCAGUUAAAACGUAGCCUACUUUCGCUUAAAAACAAAAAAUGAACCUAAAACCAUUAAAAAAAUGUCAGCUCUAAUAGUGCAAUCAUCUGUGGAUCCUUUUAAAAAUUAAUUGAAACAAAGUAGGCGAGGAUCUAAGGAUUAGUUGGUUAAACAUAAAAUAGUACGUAGUACUAAACUAAAAGGCCAAGCACUUAGAGCUUAAAAAACAAAACCAGGAACAGCAAUGAAACAAAAACAGCAAAAUAUUAAAGAUGUGUCCACGGUUCGCAUCCUGAUGCUGGGUGACAAAGGUGUGGGCAAAACCAGUCUGACCAAUUUGUUGGCCAGUAGUGCUAUAACGCCCACGCCCGCGUCCCGCACCGUGGGCGAGGGAUUGUGGAAUGUUCAGGUGCGUCUGCACGAGCACUCCAUUUCGGUGUCCUUGCCACCCACGCCCACCUGGACAUCGCCCUCCUCCUCGGAACGCUCCGGAAAGCAUUCCCCGUACCCACGCAGAACGCUCAACAGCGUCGCCAGUGGCGGUAUCCUGUACUUUGUGGAGUUCUAUGAUCUAAACAGCAAAAUGCGCAUGCGCCGCGAGCAUCGCGAUAGUUUCUAUAAGAACAUCGAUGGCAUUAUCCUCGUUUACAGUCUGCAGGACCUGCGCUCCCAAGACAGCCUGCACGAUUGGCUCUACGAGCCAUUGCGCCACAUAUGCAAGUAUCGCCACCGGCGAACACGUCCCAUUUUGGGGCGCCAACAUGUCCCAAUCCUGGUUGUGGGUACCAGGUUGGAUAAGCUGAUCCGCCGGCCGUUGCGUCGUUUUGGGAGCAUUGCUCAUCAGCUGGAGGCGGACGAGAUCCUUCUAAACUGCCAGGAUUCCGAGAGUUUCGCAGACAGGAGCCGCAAUGAGGGCAAGCUGCGAGACUUUCUCGAUCGCGUCGUCAAGUUCAAGGAGCAUUUUCCACUCUCUAAAUCCUACGACACUUGAAAAGAUCUCAUAUUAUAUUUUCUAAUUCCUUGUUGAUUUUUAAUAAUAUUUAUGAAAAA